GUGGGAUACGCCCCCAAAGGUGACGUCAUUUCUGUACACGCCAUUUUUGUUGGGGAGCAGUCGUGUCUGAUAAAGAGAGGAUUAGAUUGAGUACAGGUGCAUCAGACGGUACCUUUUUGUUUCACCCUUUUGACUUGUGUGCUUGGCCGUCACACUCACAGAAUGUCGUCAGAAAACCUGGACUCGGACACUCAGUUGGACUACGAGGACGAAAAGCAGGACUCCCAGGAGAAGAACACCAACCCGGUGAAAGCAGAGGAGGCCAAACUGAAGGCCAAGUACCCCGGCCUUGGCCAGAGGCCUGGGGGCUCAGACUUCCUCAUGAAGCGACUACAGAAAGGGCAAAAGUAUUUUGACUCUGGCGACUACAACAUGGCGAAGGCCAAGAUGAAGAACAAGCAGCUUCCUGUGGCGGGCCCCGACAAGAACCUGGUGACCGGCGACCACAUUCCCACGCCACAAGACCUGCCGCCGAGGAAGUCGUCCUUGGUGACCAGCAAGCUAGCUGGCUAGCCUUCAUCAUCCCAGACGCACACCCUCACCCUCGGGGGCUCCCGGAGAACACCCCCCUGUCUUCCUCACCCCUUACUCCCGGUCGUUCCACUGAUCCCAACCACCGCCUCGCCCCUCUUUUCCCUCUCUCAUCCCCAAGCACCACUGGCUUUAACACAUGGGGCAGACUCGUUUAAGUUCAUGUGCUUGUGUGUGGGGGUGGUGGGGUGGAUUGGAUGGAGAUCUCCCCUUCUGUCCUACUGAGCUCUGCACUCUGCGCCACUGCCUCCCUCUUGUCUUGGUUUUCUGUGUUCCAAGAUGCAUCACAGUAGGUGUUGUCAUACAGUGGCUUUGCUGGGGAGUCCAUGCACUUUGUAUCGUAUGUUUGGGGUUUUUGCAUCCUGAGUGGAAGCACAUUAAUGCGUGUAAGGGAUCCAUCUUUGAGCUUUGAGUUCCCCCUGUCCAUGCAGUUGGCAGGGUGAGGUGUGGAGGAGGAACGUGUGUCGAUACUGGCUUGUAUACCAAAUUUUGUGACACACAUUCACCAUCUUCUUACUGAGCAACGGAAGCUUCCUGUCACUGUACAUGUUGCUGUGAUUGGUGACUCUCUAAACAUGCUGCAUGAAUGCAACCUGUUACCAGGAAACUCAGCAUUGCUGUCUGGACAGUCCACAGGCAGCCGAGUGCUUCUGCACUUGUUUCGUAAAGGUUAAGUUGUAGCUGAGCUUUAUUCAAUGUCGGCUUUAGUGUUCUCCAACAGCCAUGAAGCACCAUGCACUGGCCGCAUGCUUUCCUCACUGAUGCUCACACAAGCAUGCAUUUGUGCACUUGAGUGGUCUGCUUUACAAGGCAGAGCACCCUUCAGAGAAACCGAGGUUGUUUUUUUUUUCCUUUACUCCGAGUCAAUCACAUAAAUGGUCUUGGCUUAGUUUUUGCACCGGAUGCGCUUCCCGACACAACCCUGGCCGUGAAUUAAACCCCAUGCCCUCUGCCACAAAUAAAUUUGGACCGCCACAGAUUGAUUUGCCGCUACCCAGACUUUUUUGUGUUUUGUUUUGUUUGUUUUUUAAGAUUUGGCGCUACCUGUUCCCCCUAGCUCACAAACAAAUUCGAAUGGUACUGUCUCUGUGUACCUUGUCAUUACUUAGGUGUAUCAGCGCACACUUCCAUGGAGCCCAGGAAACAUCAUGAAGCAUUAUAAGGCGCAAGCAUGUGCGUGUACCGCUGCACGCAGCGAAACCAACAUCCUUAAGUCAAUAACUUUGUAUUCAGUUGUUAAAUAAGGUUUAAAAACAUGAGAUAAUGUCACACAUUUCAUAUGACACAAACAAAAGAAGCUCCGUUAUACCUGUCCACACACAGACACUGAGUCAGAGGUUUUUGGAAAAUUGCCAUCCGGCCCAAGUUUUGCGUCCUGACUGAUUAUGCAAAUUAGAUGAUAACAUCAUCUCACCACAACCCGUGGCCACAGAUAGAUUGCAGUCCUGUAGUAAACACUGGACACUUAUGUUUAAACUUAAACUCUUCUGAAGGAAAUGUUAUCUCUCCCUGCUAGCCUGGUUAAACUUCAGUAAAUGUUUGCAUGGGCGUCAAAGUGAAGUUUGAUCCCAGGCGUGUCUGCAACCUGAUAAGAGACUCUCUUAAAAUGGGACGCUGCGUGCCUGCAGGGUGCGCUCACUCCUCUUCUCGGAUACGCAAGUAGAGAUAUAGCCAGUGCACCGUUUGAAUCUAAUGCUCAAGGCGUUGAGGGAACCUUGACACGUGCACACGUUGCACGCUGGCUUAGUAAUCAGGUGCAUGCAACAAACAUUGUCGACCGAUUUGUUGAUUUCUCACUUGUGUACCUGUGGGGUGAAGGUGUGUGUGUAUGCAGUGUAAAUAGAAUUUGACAGGAUAGGAUUUUUGUGUAGGCUCCCUCCUGCCUGUCGGCUGCGUUAAACACCGCUUCUGCUGUACCUAAUGAGUGUGUUUGGAGGAACAAUGUGAGUGUGUAUCUUAUGAAAAUAUGUGUAAAUGCUGCUGAGUCACUCCAAGACAAAUCCUUGUGAAGGGAGCCUGUCCCAUUCUUUUUCCUUCUCAAGUUUCUCAGUUUCAGCAUCUUCUCGCUCUUGUGACACAGGCCAAAAAGAAAACAAUGCAGAUGCUUAAAUGACAGCAGUGCAUUGUGCAAUUAGCCUACACGUCACUUUGAAUGCCAACUAAAGAUGUCGUUGUUGUGGGUGAUAAGCUUGCACACAAACGUGAGUGGACAGGAGUCAUGAUGUGUAGCUUGGCACGGAGCAUUUGAGCGAGAGGAAACAGACGGGCUGCUUGGAGGCCUAACCCGCAGGGUGUUUCUCGAAUAGCUAGAAUGAAGAUGUGCCGGAAUGUAAAUGUAACGACAAACGAGUACUUCAUCUCCUUUCAUGUUGUUUUUCUUGUGUUCUCCUCUUGUAUGACAAGUAGAGAUCACUGCAGGGAAACCAGAGGCAUCCACGCUUCUUGGACAAAACUAUCAAAGGUUUACAUGACAUAAUGGAUGGCUGGAGAACACAGGAAUGAGAAGAGAGACUUGACAAAAAGAGUACUUGGAAUGUUUAACUUCUGUGGGUGUCAUUGAGAGGCUUUUUGCCGGUAUUUGAAAUAAACUUUUACAUUAAUAAA